ACCGGUUGAUUCUGACAAAAUCGCGAGCGGGUUUUAAAUCUGUUUACUCCAAGCACCUUUUGACAGUUCUUACGAUGCGGUCUUACAGAUUGGAACACAAACAAUCACCUUGCUCUAACCAGUUCAACUACUGAUUCUGUUACAUCAAAAGUUCCGAAAUGGAAGGCAAGAAAACAGCGAAUGGAACGACAGCACAUGUUCCGGUUCCAAAUGGACAAGACGUGCAACUUAAAAAACGAAUUACUUUGAUAAAUGGAGUGGCCAUCAUCGUGGGAACCAUCAUAGGUUCGGGGAUUUUCGUAUCUCCAAAAGGUGUGUACGAGCAUUCGGGCUCACUCGGGAUCUCUCUAAUUAUUUGGACUCUUUGUGGAGUGUUUUCGAUGUUCGGCGCACUCUGUUAUGCAGAACUUGGAACUUGUAUAACAAAAUCCGGCGGAGAUUACGCCUACAUAAUUGAAGCAUUUGGACCUGCAACUGCUUUCUUAAGACUUUGGGUUGGACUAUUGAUCAUAAGACCAGCAACACAAGCUGUUUUAGCCCUGACCUUUGGCUACUAUAUGCUGGAUCCUUUCUUUCCGAAUUGUCAUCCACCUGAUGAGUCGCUGAGGUUAUUGGCUGCUGUCUGUUUAUGUCUUUUAACUUAUAUCAAUUGCAGAAGCGUUCGAUGGGCGAUGCGGGUUCAAGAUAUGUUUACGGGUGCGAAACUUUUAGCGCUGGUUGCUAUCAUUAUAGGAGGCUCCGUAAGGAUCGGUCAAGGUCAUACCCAAUAUUUAGAACGGGCAUUUGAAGGUGAAUUUACAGCCAAAUCCAUCUCUUUAGCAUUUUAUUCCGGACUCUUUGCGUAUGGCGGCUGGAAUUAUUUAAACUUUGUCACUGGGGAAUUGAAAGAUCCGUACAAGAAUCUGCCAAGAGCUAUUUGGAUUGGUCUUCCCCUUGUCACAUGCGUCUAUGUCCUAGUGAACGUGGCAUACUUCGCUGUUGUCUCGCCAACGGAACUUUUGGCGUCACCGGCCGUUGCUGUGACUUUUUCAAAUAUUCUGUUUGGUAAACAAGUUGCUUGGUGUAUGCCUAUUUUCGUAGCAUUAUCAACUUUUGGAGGUGUAAAUGGAAAUCUCUUCACAUCCGCUAGGUUCUUUGCUACAGGCGCCCACGAGGGUCAACUUCCGGAAAUUCUUGGUAUGAUUAGCGUUCGAAGAUGUACUCCUGUGCCUGCUUUACUUUUGACGUGCUUUAUGUCGUUGAUGAUGCUAUGCACAAGUGAUAUCUACGCGCUCAUCAACUACUUGAGUUUCGCUCAGUGGCUGUGGACUGGACUUGUCAUAUUGGGAAUGAUGGUGUUGCGAGUGAAGCAACCUCAUCUUCACAGACCUAUAAAAGUCUCUCUCGUCUGUCCGAUCGUCUUUCUGGCAUGCUGUAUAUUCCUGACUGUCGUUCCCAUGUUCGCCGAACCCUUCGAAACUGGAAUGGUCCUGCUCGUCAUGCUUGCUGGUUUGCCAGUGUAUUUGGUGUUCUUCUACAAAUCCAAGGGAUACUCUGUGCCAAAAGAUUCAAUGACUAUGAGAAUUACGAGGCUUCUGCAAAAAACUUUGGAAGUUGUUAAUCCGGAUGAAAAAUUCUCAUGAAACUUUCACCAGAUACCUGUCUGAAGAAGCUAACAGACAUUUUCCAAGAAUUACUUAACCUCAACAAAUUGUUGAUGGUCAAGUUCAUAUUCUGCAUUCAUUGUAUUACGUAUAAUAGCGCUAUUUUAUUUUGCUGUGUGGUACAACAAGUUAUAAUGUAUACAGUGUGCUUUAAAAUGGAUGUUGUGGACGUUAAAGGCAUCUGUUGCCAAGCAUGCAUACAUAUAUGAUUUUGUGUUGUGAAAUAUGCAGUAUUCUGUUUUCUGUAAAACUGUGAUCAUCUUCAUUGGUUAUUUUAUUUGCCUGUUAUGAAAACUGGAGCCAUUAUUGCGUUUUAGAAUUGUAUUUAUGUCACUGAUAUUCAAAAUAAAUGUUUAAAUGUAAUUUUA